UCUAAGUUUUCUGUGAUUCUACGGACUGAGCAAGGUUCUUAUGCAACUUAUUUGAAAAAUGAACAUAGCAAGAACUUUAUUGAUUACUUUACCUAUUGUUUUUAAACUGUAUAUAUUCAUAAACCAGGACGAGUUUGAACUGUCCAUACGUUCGGAUGAAAAUAAAUUCGGAUACGCUUCAACUUCCUCAACUCCACAUAUUGACAGUUUUCUGUUUAACAGCAUUUCUUACGGGCAUUUUACGUUUCACAAUCAUUUUAUAAACUUGAACAUCUCAGUAUCCAGACGUCAUUUGUCUUCGUGCUACUCAAUAGAGAGGGAAAAUGUCUUCCUGCCAAUAUGUUUACUAUUGUGUGGAGAUAUUCACCCCUGCCCAGGACCUACUGAUACUUCAAGUCCUACGUCUUCAUCAACCACUUACAGUGAUUAUAGUGUCUUCCAGAAACGUGGCCUUCACUUUUUACACAUUAAUGUUCGCAGCCUUUUACCAAAACUUCAUGAAAUUGAUUCACUAGCCAAGAAAAGUAGGGCUGCAAUCAUAUCUAUUUCUGAAACAUGGCUGGACUCAUCUGUUCCAGAUUCUGAAAUUUCCAUCGAAAAUUAUUGUAUUGAGCGCAGGGAUCGCAAUCGACAUGGAGGUGGAGUGUGCAUUUUUAUACGAAAAGACCUCUCCUACAAUAGCCGUGAUGACCUAAAACGUGAGGACCUGGAGGCGAUAUUUAUUGAACUGUUUUUACCUAAAACGAAACCAAUUUUAUGUGGAUGCUUGUACAGACCACCUACACAACAGAACUUUUAUACCAUAUUAGAUGAAUUAUGUUCAUCAGACACUCACUUCUUAGAACAUGAAACAAUUUUGUUAGGUGAUUUUAACACUGAUGUAUCAUGUAGAAAGUCUUAUCCUCUUUUACAAUGUUUUAAAUCUUUUGUUGAUAUGUUCCAUUUUAAACAGCUUAUUUGUAAUCCAACCAGAUUUGGAAAUACUAGUUCUACUAUUAUUGAUUUGAUCUUAACUUCAGAUAAGGACAAAAUUUCACAGUCUGGUGUAAUACAAACUUCUUUUAGUGACCAUUUUGUAAUAUUUUGUACCAGGAAAUCUGUCAAGUCAUAUAUCGGGGGUCGUCCCUGA